UUUUGCCGUGAAGGUCUUGCAGUGGUCUGAUACCGAGACAGUGAGACUCCAGUUAUGGGAUAUUGCAGGGCAGGAACGAUUUACAUCUAUGACACGAAUAUACUACAAAGAAGCUGCUGGCUGCCUUCUUCUCUUUGAUGUGAUGAACAUGACAACAUUCAAAAAUUGUCUAUUCUGGAAGCAAGAUCUGGACAGCAAAUUAAUGAGUGCGGAUGGUCGGCCCAUUCCAUGUGUGCUUCUGGCCAGCAAGUGUGAUCUUUCUCCAUGGGAGAUGACACAUGAAAGUAUUGAUCAGUUCAGCAAAGGGAAUGGAUUUGUCUGCUGGGUUGAUACAUCGGCCAAAGAGAACAAGAACAUUAAUGAAGCAGUGAGUAUUUUGGUCAGUAAAAUGAUGAACCGGCCUUCGCCUGAUGGUGUACACCAAGGAGGUCAUAUACAGCUGGACAGUGUGCCAAAGGGACAUCAACAAAGUUUCUGCUGUUAGAGGACUGAGGUGUGGAGCAGAGGGAGACUAAAAGAAGUUUGUUUUAGUAAACAGACUAAAUAUCAAAUACUAUAAAAAUAGCCUGCUAACAAAGGCAUCUUUCCUCCUGUUGUUUUUUAAAACAUAUAUAGAAGUUUCCCACUGAACAGUAUUUUUCCCCCUUGGAUUGAUAAAUAGAAUGUUAACUUGAUGAUCACCCACAAUGAAACCAGAGAACAUGAAAAUUUGUGCAAUAAACAAUGCUGCCCUUUGA